ACACAGCGCCUCCACAGUGCGAUCAGCGGAUCUCCACACUAAACACUCACUCUCUCACGCGCUCUCUCACACGCACGCGCUACAGCAUGGAGCUGAAAGCCGUCUUACUAGCAGCGCUCAUCACGGUGGCCGUCUAUGGGACUAUUUCACACGCCAAGCCCAUCAGUCUGGUUGAAAGAUGCUGGUGUCGCUCAACAGUCAACACAGUCCCACAGAGGAACAUCCGUGAGCUGAAGUUUGUCCACACGCCCAACUGCCCCUUCCAAGUCAUUGCCAAGCUGAAGAACGCCAAAGAAGUGUGCAUCAACCCUGAGACCAAAUGGCUGCAGCAGUACCUAAAGAACGCCCUUGAAAAAAUGAAGAAGGCCAAGCAACAGUCCAACUAAAAGACCCAGCUGGAUGGCAAGCCAGUUUGUCAGCCCACCACCACCACCACCACAGAUAUGUACCAUAUACUCCUCUGGCAUGCUUGCUGACCCAGCACUUAUCCUGCCGUAAUUGCUUCCCACUUCGCGACUCCGUGAGCAAAUGGCACACCAAACUCUAAUGGUCACCACCAUCACCACCAGCAGCACCACCUCUGCCACUGCAAUAUAGGCACCUCCUGUGUUAGCGCAAUGUGCAAUUAUAUAUGUAUGAGUGUGGUUUGUUUUUAUACGUAUGAUAUGUGUAUAUACAAUGUUUUUAUAUCAAUUUUAAACAGUAAAGAGAUAUUUUUGGAGUGGUGUUUGCUCCUUGCCUGUCUGUUACCGUGAGUUAGGCAGCAAUGAAUGAAGUAUUUGAGUUAAUUCGAUUCGAUUUGGGAGCAAACUCACAUGAGGAUCAUGUUGCAUCAUAAUAGUGACAGGGAGAGAAAUCUGUAAAUCUGUGAAAGAUGUCCAGCAGUGCAGAGCUGAGCCCAAAUAGCAGCAUAUAUCUGAGGAGCAUGAGUACGAAGGGAAUUGGCGUUUUGCCCCCUCCCCCAUUUCAUAAGCAUAUUAAGUAAUGCAUAUCUUAAAAAUAUUUAACACUGCAUAUUAAUGCAUGUGAGAUUAAUAUUUUAAGAGGAACGUUGCUUGUGUUUAAGUUCUCUGAUUAACAGGGUGUUACUGUAAAAAAAAAAAAAAAAGGCCGCAGACCUUAAAUGACCCUGAAUUACUUUAGGGAGCAUAAUUGGGUUUACUGGAAGUAGGCUGUGCGGAAAAAUAGAAAAGAAUGUGCGUCGUUUUUAUUUCUAUCUUUCUGUAAGCAAAGAAACAUCUGGAUCCACAAAACUGCUAAUUGAGCAGCUAGCGUGUUUAAGGCACAUACAGAAUUGGAGCACAUGAAACAUAAAAGACUGCGUACAUGGUACCAAGCACAAUGAUUAAAAAAGAAGAAUUAUCAUUAAACAACACAGAAGGAUUUAAAUGAAGCCUAUGAAUUACCUACUAUAGCUUACCAAUUAUAUCAUGAAAUCUUUUUCUCAUAUUCAAAAAAUGAAUUACCUGCUGACCCACUAUUAAGUAUUGGAUGGAUUAACACCUGUACUACCUAUUCACAAUUAAUAGUAGUAAUAAAUAAUAAUAAUGCACUUUAUUUAUUGCAUUCUGUGAACUAACCCAGCUGUGCUGAGGAAUGCCGUCCGCAAAUGUAGCGAAAAGCAAAAGUACAAUUUUCCGCAGCCAGACAAGGUUAAAAGAAGCAAAUACGACAAUUAAGAUAAAAGAAUUUGAUGUUAAUUGAAUUAUUCUUGUGUAUUUGCAUCCACCAUUAGCUUCUUCUUUCAUGUAAUGUAUCUCAUAUGAUAUUUUUUUUGAGUGAAUGUGGGCAAUGUUUAAAAGAGGCACUUAAAAAUGACAACUUUUAAAUGGACCUUAAAAAAACACAAAAAAACUAAAAAUGCCUUUCGGUCUGGCAGAGCCGUCUCCUGUUUACAGCAAUCCUAGCCCUAAACAAAACAUGUCGUGCCCUCCAAAACCAGCAUGCAUUCCCGUCUGCCAGAGCUAAACAUUUCUCAAGAAAAUUAGUCCGUGGAAUUUGUCUGUUACAACACUGCCAAUUUUAUCCUAUCAACAGAUUUAAUACGGUGCCAUUAAAGCAGUCAGGCCUCUUUUACACAGGCUGCCUGCAGGCAACACAGGCCAGGAAAACAUAAUGCCCACUCAGGAUUACUGACGAAGGGGGGUGCGCACAUUGUUCUGGGGGUUAGGCCCCCAGUCACAUCGAAUCUCAUACAGUCAUGUGGAAAACUGCGAGAAUCAAACUUAAUGUGUGAACCCGUUAAUUCUCGACUCAUGCUUCUCUCUCACGCUGGCUAAUUCUGCUUGCUUCAGAGGAGGUGUUUCAAAAUGUCGAUACAGGUUGAAUAACUGUAUGUGUAAAGGUAAAGACAGGAAAAGAGCUUAAAAAAAACUUGCUUUUUGACUGUUGACUCUACUAGCGGGCAUUAACAAUACACUACUCUUUUAGCACUAUGUUCUGCAGUGAUGUCUGAAAUGGGUCAAAUUAUUAAGUAUACAACAUGCAUACGGAAUUACUGUUAAUACUUGACUUGCUAGACAUAAAAGGGACCAAGAGAAACACGAAAAGAACUGUUUUUGCAGGGUUUCUAAGAUAUAUGAAGAUUUUAUCAUUAUUUUGGUUUUAUCAACAUUUUGUCCUUUUGCAUUUUUUAAAUAACAAAAGGUAUACAUAUCUAAAUAUAUCAUAUCAUAAUCUGCCAACACUGGUUUCCAUACAUAGAUAUUUUUAUUGGUCAGUUCAUAUCACCCAGCCUUUAAACUAGGAUAAACUGAAGCUGUUUAAACUUGUACCCUUGCUUUCAUUUCCUUGAAGUCUUAAGAUUUGUCCACUGGCAACACUGACUUGUAUCAGAUUUUGCCAAAAUUUUUGCAUUGUUUGUACUCUGCCUUUAUUAUUAUUAUUCAAUUGUUCAGUCCAUCCCACCAAUAUGUGCUUCAGGCCACUGGUAAUGUAUAUACCGUCCCCAUUCCUCCCAAACAAUGUGAAGACCAUUUCUCUGUAGGUGGCAGCUUACUUCAUAUAUAUUGUAUGUACUUUUUUACGAGUUUGUACUUUAUGUGUAUUUUCAUUCAUAUUUUGAAAUAAAUCAUCAUAUAUGAA